UGAAGGGUCGGUUUACUCGAUCGGAAGCCAAAAUCACUUGGUAUCAGUAAGAUCCAAGAAAACAUAACCAAUUCAAGUCUUCGCCAGUCAGAUUCAUCGUAUUUGCAGCUUCAAGAAACGGAUUCAAAUCUCCUUUCUAUUGGUGAUAAUUCUGUGCCUUCUGGUGUGUUCCUUGCUGGUAACAGUCAUGGUACUCGCAAUACUUUAUGCGCACAGCGGCAUGAUGAAGAUAUGUGAGAGCGAGGAUUGCGUGCGAAUAGCUGCUAGUUUGAAGGAAUCUAUGGACACCUCUGUAGAUCCUUGCGAUGAUUUUCAUCAAUAUGUGUGCGGCAGAUGGUCGGAGGAGCAUCCCAUUUCGGAUUUCAGCCUGUCGAAUUCCUGGUUCAACGAACGUGACGAUCGCGUGAUCAAAAAAAUCAGGGAUCUUUUAAAGGUUAAUAUGUCCGAAAGCGAAGUGCCUUGGGCGGUGAUGCAGGCCAAGACGCUGUUCACCAGCUGCAUGGACGUGCGGACGCUGAACGAGCUCAAUUUGUCCCCAUUGUAUGAUCUGUUGGAAUUACUGAAUUUGCCUGUAAUACCUGCGGGUCUUACUAAUGAAACGACUAAUUACAUCCAGCUAAUGGCUAAGGUGAAGAGAAUUCUGGGUAUUGACGUUUUCUUCGGUAUCGAAGUUGCGUCCGAUCCGAAGAACAACACCAGAAACGUGAUUUAUUUCGACACUCCAAGUCACUCUAGUCCUUUUCCCAGCGAUAGAGAAUUGGAAAAGCGGCUGCAUACUAUUAGAUCGCGAUUGCGAAAGUUGGAAGAUUUAGAUGAAUUUUUAUCCAGCGAUGAGGAAGAUGCCGAAUUGGUUUACAUGAUAGAAGUUAUUAAACAAGUUAUUAGUAAUGGCACUGUUAAUGCUUGCACUCCGGAAGAUGAAUUUAAGGUGCCAGCGGAGAAAUUAGAAGACUUUGUCGAAACGCUUUAUGAAAUUAGCAGCAUGAUUCAUCAUAUGAUUAUUGAAAAUAAAAAUUUUACCUUUUCUGAAGAGAAUUUGAGUGAUAAAGAUUACAUGCUGGUGGAUGAUCUCCAAAAAUUGACGGACGAAUAUAUCAUGGAAGUUAAUUCAUCUCUUACACCUAAACCGUUGUGGCGAUCCUUCGUUGAAUUUCUUUUCGAUGGAAUCGUCGCGUUAGAUCUCGAUGAAAAAGAUAUAAUUCUCGUCGGCAAUUUGGAAUAUUUGAAAAACGCUGCCUUAAUUCUUUCUACUUUAGAUGAAGAAGAAAUAGAAAGUUACAUUUGGUGGUCCGUCGUAGACGACGUGGUACCUCACUCUUCCGAGAAGCUCAGAGACAUUUGGUCCACAUAUGUAUAUAAACUAUUGCAAAUGGAUAUAAGAGAACCCAUAUCUUUGCACUGCGCAUCAAUUGUCAAUGACUUAAUGGGAAUGGCGACAUCGUGGUUAUUUGUAGAUCCGACAUUCCAUAAUAAUAAAGUUCGUAAAGUAAUGGAGAUGUGGGAGAACAUAAGAGAAGCAUUCGUUUUGCUUGUCGAAAGAACAGACUGGAUAGAUUCAUCGACGAAAAUGGCGAUGCUUGAGAAAAAUCGGAAAAUGAGUUCUGAAAUCGGAUUUCCCACAUGGCUCUUUAAUGAAAAGAAACUCAACAAGUAUUACGAAGGCAUAGAUUUUUCAAAAACGAAGUAUUUGGAUAACAUGGUACAGUCAAUUCAAUUACAAUGGAACGCUUCGUGGGGGAGCCUGCACGACAAUAACAAGUGGUUAGACUGGGCGAGCGAUCCUACUGAAGUAAAUGCGUUUCACAACUUUCAAAUUAAUCGCAUAACUGUACCUAUCGGAAUUCUACAUUUCCCAUUCUAUGAAUUGGGUCUCGAAGCCUUGAAUUAUGGCGCUAUUGGUUCAAUACUUGGACACGAAUUAACACAUGGAUUUGAUGACAGCGGUCGGCACUACGAUAGUAAUGGAAAUAUUCGGGAAUGGUGGACUAAUGAGAGUAUCUCAGAGUAUAAUGAAAGGACUCAAUGCUUUAUAGAUCACUAUAAUACUUAUUACGAAGACGAGAUCGACGAUCACGUCGACGGUGAGCUGACUUUGGGCGAAAACAUCGCUGACAAUGAGGGUCUUCGCGAGGCUUUCUUCGCUUAUGGGAUAUGGAAGGCUCAGCAUGGCCAAGAGCUUUUACUUCCGGGAUUUACGCAAGUCACACACGAACAGUUAUUUUUUCUCGCCUUCGGACAUUUGUGGUGCUCGUCUUAUACUGGUAUGUCAGUCAAGUGGAUGCUGGAGGACACUCACAGCCCCGCCCACGUGAGGCUUCAAGCAGUAUUGAGAAAUUCCAAAGAAUUUAACAUUGCAUGGAAUUGUCCCGCAGGAUCGAACAUGAAUCCAUCGAAAAAGUGUCUUCUGUGGUAGCGACUGCAGCUACAACACACAGAAAAAGGUAGCCUUGGUGCGUCGUUAUUUAAUUAUUGUUGACCAAUCAAAUAUUUAUCAUUUGAAAUCAAUAAAGCUCACGUGCAAAACACAUGCGCAAAAAAGAGAAAAAAAUAAAAAUAUAUGUAUAU